AAGUCAAAGAGACGAACUUUCUUUUUCCGCCGAUAGGUGGCGGUGUCCGUCCCUUCUCUCUCAGGCACUUAGUCAACAUCCGUUCCCCGACCUAGUCGUUGUGCAGCGUAUUUUCCGUUGGUCUUUCGGUCCCCCGUGGUCCCCCUCGUGGUUAAAACGCAAACAUGUCUUCCCGCAAGGCUGGAAAGAAGACCGUCAAGAAGCGCGCCCAGCGUGCCACUAGCAAUGUCUUCGCCAUGUUCGAUCAGGCUCAGAUCCAGGAGUUCAAGGAAGCUUUCAACAUGAUUGAUCAGAAUCGUGACGGAUUCAUUGACAAGGAUGAUCUUCAUGACAUGCUUGCUUCACUAGGUAAGAAUCCUACUGACGAGUACUUGGAAGGGAUGAUGAAUGAGGCACCUGGGCCUAUUAAUUUUACCAUGUUCCUGACAUUAUUCGGUGAUCGUCUUCAGGGCACUGAUCCAGAGGAUGUUAUCAGAAAUGCCUUUGGAUGUUUCGAUGAGACUAACCAAGGCUUCAUUAAUGAGGAGUUGCUGAGAGAAUUGCUGGUAUCAAUGGGUGAUCGCUUCACUGACGAAGAAGUUGAUGAAAUGUACCGAGAAGCUCCCAUAAAGAACACCAUGUUUGAUUACGUUGAGUUCACUCGCAUCUUGAAGCAUGGUGCUAAGGAUCUGGAAGAUCAGUGAUCACCUGGUGACACUGCUGGGAAGUCAUCUGAGACCCGACCUCGAUUUUCCUUCGGUCACAGAAAAGAGAAUCCUAUUCGUCAUAAACUACAAAUAAAUUUUUUUUUCUUCGAAGAGUGGCAGCAUGAUUUGCAUUUUUUCUUUUUGUGAAAAUAUCUUGUUGAGCAAAAUAUUUUUUAACUUUAAUUCCCCCAUUGUGAUAUAUUAUUGUUUAACCAAAUAUGACAUCAAGAAGCCUUUGAGCUGUUGAAACUGUUUCUUCCCACUUUCAGAUUUAUAAUUCCGUCAUGAAUGCAUAUCAGUUUGUAUGGGUAUUGGGUGUGUCCUUACAUUUUGUACUUUUGAACUACAGAUGCAUUACUUCAACUGUACUUAGUUAAUAUAUAUAGGAUAUAUUAUAUAUUUUAAACAUGUCCCGUCAUCUAAUAAUGUGUAAGAUAAUUUAUUGUAGCUUGUUGAGCUUCAGAAUAAUUUGUGGGGUGCCAAAUCUCCUCUUUAGUUUGACACUUGAAAUUUGAGUUUGUAUCUCAUAUUUUGCCAUGCUAUUCUCUAAUGUACUUGACCCCUUUGCUUUUCAUGAAUUCAGUAUCUCAUUUUCAGUAUAUGGUAGUUCCAGUCCUGCUAAUAAAUACCUUAUUUAAUUUAAAACGGUAGAGUGCUGGUUAGGGUUAACCUCCAUAUUCCCAAAAGUAGACUAGGAGCUGCUUUAGACAUUUCUAAAAAAGUUUUAGUGCCUUAGCUUGAAAUUAUGAAAUAGUACUGGUAUCCAAUCUUAGGUUUUGCAUAACAGCUUACAAUCAGUAAGAAUGUCCUUGUAUUUAAUUAAGAUUUUUAUAUUGAUAUUUUGGUAAUUAUAUAAUGCCGUUUUGUCAAACAUUUGUUUGUUCUACAUGAGUACUCAUUCCAGAGCAAAAUUUUUUAUACAUCGUCCUAACAAUUAAUAAAAAUGAGGAAAUUUUAA